AUGGAGCCUGCACUUGGAUGUGUUCCCGCACUGCCCGGCUACCUUACGGCGAUGAAGCAAGUAUGCGAGAAAUACGGCGUACUUUUGAUUCUGGAUGAGGUCAUGUGUGGCAUGGGCCGCACUGGCUACAUGCAUGCCUGGCAGGAAGAGGACGUCGUUCCAGACAUCCAAUUGGUAGGCAAGGGCAUUGCGGGCGGCUAUGCAGCCCUCUCCGCAAUGCUGGUCGGGCCAACCAUCGUGGAUGCCAUGGGAGACAACGCGUUUGCACAUGGACAUACUUUCCAGAAUUUUCCAACUGCGUGCGCUGCUGGUCUGGCGGUCCAAGAGAUUGUCCGAGAUGACAAUCUUCUGGAGAAUGUUCGCGACAAGGGGGAGAAGCUCAUGCAGAAGCUGAAAGCUCGUUUGGGCGACCACCCCAACGUUUUCGAUAUCCGAGGAAAGGGUCUUUUCAUAGGGGUAAGUUUGAACACCACAUGGCAUUCGCUGUGCGACUACUAA